AUGAAUUUUUCUUGGGUUUACGUUCAAUAUGAUGAUAAAAACAGUCUUGAAAGCAACAAUAAAUUGGAUGCAUCAUUCAAAUUUGAACUUAAUCCUAAAUCGUUUGAUCUUGGAACACCCAUAGAGAAUUUACCCUUAGAAAAAUUUACGGCUUUUUUUACACAUGCAUCAGUAUUCAGUUGUAAUCUACAUCGAUUCAUCCAAUUUCUCGUAAAACUAUCCGAUAAAGAGUCUUUAAAAUUAAUUUUGACACCAGAAAAUACCAUUUAUUGGUAUGAACAAGGUGCUAAAGAUACUUGGACAUCAAAAAUUGCCAACAAAUUAGUGGAACAAGCGGUUAAAGAAAAGAUCACAUUUAAGGAACCAGAGGCAAACCUGAAAGUUAAAUUUUUUUGGCAUAACUUGGGUCAGUGGAAUUCUGGGCUCAAAAGCACAGAACAAUUUCUUAAUUUGUCAGAAAAUAUUGAACACAUUAAAAGGCAAAAAAAAGAAGAAGACAUGCAUAAUCGUUUUUGGGAAAAUAUCAAGAAACUGAAGUCAAAUGACCAAUUCUACGAAAUUACUACCAUAAAUAACAAAACCGAGCUACUAGACCAAACAACUAUUAAUAAAUGCCAUGAUGCUAUUUUAGAAACGAAUUUAGUAGACCUCCCUCCUAAUCAUCCUCUUAAAUCAUGGCAUGCCAUUAAAUAUCUAAUUCCUCUACAUACUUAUGUACGAGCUAAGGAAGACUUCGAUGUGCUUUUUAAUUUUAAUUUUAAUUUUGACCCUCCCGAAGGAGUUGAAAGUUGGAUAGACAAUAUUUUGGAUAAUGAAAUUGAAGAAAUAACACGACCAGAGUUGAAGGGAGUCGAUGAACGUUUUUUUAAGAAUAGUGUCGAGGAACUACUUAAAUUAAUUGAUAAAUGCCAAAAACAAAAUCUAAAAGAAAUUAAUGAAGCAACUUGGCUGCAGAUGUUAUACCCUCAGAUAGAUGCCGCAGUUGCAGACCUUGCUCAACUAAUCCCACAGAACACCUCCAAUUCACUUUCACAACUUCUCGGGUCAGACGAAUCGAGAAAACCGGAUUAUACUGUUUUUUGUAUCAUAAAGGACAAUCCUUCCCUUGAAUUUGCGGCAUUAUUCUUAGAAGGUGCAAAGCCAGUAAAGAAAGACGAAUUAGGAGAUAGAAAGUGUCAGUUAGAUAAAGAACGACUUCAAUCGAUAAUCAAAUUAUAUUUUGAUUAUAUUUUAGUUCGCAUUCAAUCUCUCUAUGGAGAAUUUUUAACAAGAGAACUUUCAAAGGAAAUAUUAGCUAUUCCUCUUAUUACAAUGCAGGCAACUGGAACUGAGCUAAUCAUAAGUAUAAGCGAUCAGCAAGCACUUCCUCUAAUAAGGAGUUCUAUUUUAGCAAGAGUAACUAUUCCUUAUUAUAAAGGAGUAAAUGCGAAAGAAAGGUCUAUCCAAAAAACUCGAGCCAAAAAUCUUGUCUUUUCAAUGUGGAGAGUGAGAAUGAUUCUUAAGAUAAUUAGAGAUCAUUGGUCUAAAGUCAUCAAAAAAAUUCUUGAGUCAAAAGAAGCAUCACCUGAACAUAAGAUCAGCUUAAUAAAUAAAAAGGCGAGAUAUAUGAGUUUCGAAACAAAUAUUUGGGAACGAAAAGACUUUGAUGAGUUGAAUGAGGGAUGGGAGGCAUUGUUCAUGACACCUCUUAAUGAACUUUUUAAACGAAAUCAAAAUGCUGGAAGAUGUGAAACUACAAAGAGAGCAAGUUCUAGUUUAUGUAAGCAAUUGCAAAAGCAGCAAGAGAAAGGAAAUUAUAAUAUAGCAGAUUCAAGAACUGAAAGCUGGCAUACAGUUAAUGUUCGUCGUCCAGAUCAUUCUAUUAAAUUAAAAAUAUUUAAUGACCAAGAAAUUCUUUUCGAAGAAAUGUCAGGGUCUCCAAAAGGGACUGAUAAUGGUAAAUUGGUCGAUGAUGAAUGUAAACUAGCUCGUCUUGCUAAUGACGCCGAGAUUAGACGACAUAAUAUAAUUUUAUUACCAAAUGAACGAUUUAUCUCAUCGGCUAGAAAAGCUGGAAAUUUUUUUGUUCCAU